GAUUCCUAACCACCGCGCCGCCAGGGAAAUCCCUAAAAAUUGAGCCAUUUUUAAAGGAGGAGAAAGAAGCCAGGAGAUGAGAGGAGGGAGUGGGUUAUCGACGGAAGAACAUACACAACCUAAAAGUUUUGAGUUAAGUUUCAUUCGGGGACCUUACUGAGGACUAUAGCGGAGGAGAGCCUCUCAGAUAGCUCUGAGGAACUGCUCAGAAGAGGUAAGGGAGAAGCCAGGAUAUAUGAGUGUUUUUGUCGGAUAAAAACGUGUUGUGGAACAUGAAAAGAUGACUGCUAAUCACAAAGGACAGACAUCUCAAGUUAAUGAUUGUAGUGCUUUCCUAUGUAGGGGAAGAUGCAAGAGUCUGAGUUCACUGAAAUGAUUCCUUAGGUAUGCAUCUUAACUAUCUAGGGCCAGUGUCCAAAUCACAGAAUGCUUCCUUGUUUUCUCCAUCCUGAAUUCCCCUCAGGGCACACCAUCCGGGGCAGCUGCGAUGGUUGAUGGCUUGAUCCUUGUAGAACUGGAAUGGCAGGCAACAUUCCCCUUCCUCAGGGUCCAACUUUUCUUCUCCCUGAUCCAUCCGGAGGGCAGGUGGCUGCUCGGCCGGUUGCAGGUGCGACUCCUCUCGGUGGAGGAGGGCCCUGAGCAGGCGGGGCCAGGCGGGAGCGCCUCUGCCAUUGGCCCAGCCCAGGCUGCACCUGCCCGGAGCCGGCAGGCCCUUAGCACAAAGUCCGGGGGCCCAGGCCAAGGAGGCAGCAGUUCGUGGCAACGCAGGUGGGUCCCCGCCCUCGGCCAGGCAAGAUGCCCCUGGGGCUGCGGAGAAAAAAGAAAUUCACUACCAAGGAGACCUCCCGGCUGGUGGAGGGCGAGCAGACGAAUGCGGCCGGCGGCAGCCUCCCCAGCCUCCCGGCGCCCACCUGCAGGCUGGUUUUCCACACGCAGCUGGCCCACGGCAGCGCCACGGGCAGAGUGGAGAACUUCUCCAGCAUCCAGGAGCUCUACGCCAAGAUCGCGGGCGUGUUUGAGAUUUCGCCGUCGGAGAGAAUUAAAGAUGGCAGCAUAGUUGACUCAGUUAAAACAAUCUGUGUGGGGGAUCACAUUGAAGCCAUCAAUGGAGAAACUAUCGUUGGGUGGCGUCACUUUGAUGUUGCUAAGAAGUUAAAGGAAUUAAAAAAAGAGGAACUCUUUACCUUGAAGUUAAUAGAACCUAAGAGGGCCUUUGACAUGGAGCCCCGGUCAAAAGCUGGAAAGUCAUCAACAGGAAGGAUUGGUACUGGAAGGGAGACACUUCGCCUGAGAUCAAAAGGUCCUGCCACUGUGGAAGAAGUGCCCUCUGAAACCAAAGCGAAGGCGAUUGAAAAGGUUGAUGAUCUUCUUGAAUUGUACAUGGGAAUUCGGGAUAUCGAUUUAGCUACUACAAUGUUUGAAGCUGGAAAGGACAAAGGUAAUCCAGAUGAAUUUGCUGUGGCACUUGAUGAAACCCUUGGAGACUUUGCGUUCCCAGAUGAAUUUGUCUUUGAUGUUUGGAGAGUCAUUGGUGAUGCCAAACAAGGAUGAUGAUGAUGUGAAAGAUCGUCUCUGGAGGAAUGAACCAUUGUUCCUUAAAAAAAAAAAAAAGUUAAAAUCUUCUUUUAGACGCUUAUGGACUCUGGCUUGUUUUAUAUAUAUGAAUACAUUCUUUUGAAAUAUAAUUUUGAUUUCUGGGCACUUUUUAAUGCAGUUGCAUAUGUAGUAUGCUUAAGAUAAAUUACCUAAAACGUGAUCAAUUUUAAUACUCAUUUAAAAGCUUUUUAAAGUUAGUUUUAGAGAGUAUUUCUAGAUAGGUUAUUUUGUUCCCCAUUGACAGCCAUGUUUUGUUUUCCACGUGUAAGUAGUUGAUUGCAAUCGCCUUGUAGUUCUUUUGCAAAAUCUUAAUGCAGUGAAAACAAGGAUUGGAGUAUAAUUUGCCUCAUAACAUCUUCAUUUUGUUAUACUAGCUUGAACAGGAUAUGUUCAUGACAUGAAAUACUAAUUAUGCCUACUAGAGGUCUAGAAACAUUUUUUUAAAAAAAUCCACUGAAUAAGGGGAGGAAGAUUCCUAUAGCCUGUUGAUGUCUAUGGCUUACUUACUCUCUUUGUAAAACAAGGAUUGAUUGACUAUUAUUUUUUCUUCUUUGUAAUUGCUUCCUUGCUUCUUAAACUUGUUGAAAUCUAUUGUGUUGUGUAUGUAUUUGCACGUGUAGAAGAAGGUGAAAAAGAGGCAGAUACGGUAGAAACCAUUUAUAUUUGAUUUUUCUUUUUUUAGCAGUUCUUACAACACUAUUUCUUUUCCAUCCAUACCUACUGUUAUGUUACCCUUUAUAAGCAUUCCAGGGAAAGUUUUUAUAGUCUUUGUAGAACUUUUCUUUUGAAAGAUGUUUACUCAGAAAAUAACUAUGUUUGAGAACAUUUUUUGGGGUUAAAGAGCAACAGUUUUAAGCCUUCUGAACUUAAAAGGAGAUACUAUCAGCAGUCGAUUUCCCCCUAGUGAAAAUGAAGGAGGAAGGGAAAAUUGAGAAAAUAUAUUAGCUUAUUAUUUUAGAGCUCUAAUGCACUCUCUCUGAAACCUUACAUGAUUGAGAAAAUUGAGGGUAAAUGACUGUUUUAUCACUCUUACUUGACAUUUUACAGAUGUAAGAGAAAUGGAAAGAAAAGGUUUCAACAUAGAUCGUUUAAUAAGGCAGAGCAUGGUGUGACCAAGCGUUCUUCUAAAGUGUUAGAUGGAAAAUGCUGCAUGCUGCCGUGGUAAUCAGAAAUAAUAACCUGUGAGGGGUGUAUUCUAGGAAAUCAGAAGUAGUUCCCUUUUCGUGCUGGGUUGAUGCUUAGAUAACUCUUGUUUUCUGGUGCAACUUCACUUUUACUGCUUUCCGCUCUCUUUUUUUCACAUAAAUUUAAUGCUAUGAAUCUUGGUAUUCCUUGUCUCAUUAAUCUGAAACCUGCACAGAAACUGUUGCAGUCAUUAACAUGUAACAAAAGCAGUUUAUAGAAUGUGGAUUGUCUUAUUGCCCUUGCCCAUCAUUUGGAAAUAGCAUUCAGCCCAGGCUGUAGUAAUUUGUUGCUACUUGUUUAGUGAAUUUCUUUCAGAGGUCCCCAAAUACAUACUAAUUCUUAAUAUCACUUCUCAUAGGAUAGGAAAGUUAUUGGAUGACUUAAGAGGCCCACAGAAAUAUUUCGGUUUAAGCAAAACAUAAAUUUUUUGGCACUAGAUGUUAGAUUUGAAAUGAUGAGUCGUUGUUAAUUAUUGAUGGCUGUCUGAUUCUCCCUUCCUUUUGGAUAUGGAUGAACACUGACACUUGGUGCAAAGUCCCUGUGAUUUGUGGAAUCUCAUAUUCACAAAGUGGUUACCAUGGUCUUUCUAGAAUUUUGAUGUGUAAGGUGCCCACGGCCAUGUACAGCUGCAACUGUAACUUCCUUGUUAGCGUCAAAUGAGCAUUAAGGGUGUCAGCUGGGCACAGGUGUUUUACUACUAACAGUUUUUUUCUUCUUGAAAUGUCUUUCUCUGUUACCUCUACUGAUAAACUGAUAACAAGGUCAGUUUCUUCAUUUUGUUCUCUUACCUGAAAAUAUAUCUCUUUGUGAACUUUGUGCCUCUUGGUAAAACUCUCAGUGCACAAAAAGAACAGGGUUUCUUUUUAGAUGUCACAGUCUACAAGUGGGAGCUACCCUUAUACUGCUACAAUGAGACGAAGUCUUUUUUUUUUUUAACUGUGCCAUUUUAUUGGCACCACUAAACAUUUUCAGAAGGCCUCUGUUGUUUUCUCUUGUUCUCUAAGAACUUUUUUUUCCCCAACUGGAGGAUGAUUGUUUCAUUCUUUUUAAGAUUUUGAUUAUUUUAUUCCUGAUUUCCUUUCAUGCAAAACAACAUCCUUCAGUGGCCACUAAGAGCACACUCUGUUUUCUUUGUGGAAAGAAUGCAAAGGAUGAUGGAACGUUGGGUUCAAUGGGGUCUUGAACACAGCUCGGCUCCCAGCAGGUCUACACAUUCUGAUGACUACAAAUGGGUACAUUUUGGGUUUCUGUGAUGUUUCAAAAAUACAAUUAUAUAAUUAUAUGAUGUGAAACUCUUUAAGAAUUCAACUAAUAGGGCAUCCCUGGUGGUGCAGUGGUUAAGAAUCCACCUGCUGAUGCAGGGGACACGGGUUCGAGCCCUGGUCCAGGAAGAUCCCACAUGCUGUGGAGCAACUAAGCCUGUACGCCACAACUACUGAGCCUGCACGCCUAGAGCCUGUGCUCCACAAGAGAAGCCACCGCAAUGGGAAGCCCACACACCGCAACAAAGAGUAGCCCCCGCUCGCCGCAACUAGAGAAAGCCCACGCGCAGCAACGAAGACCCAACACAGCCAAAAAUAAAUAAAUAAUUAAAAAAAAGAAUUCAACUAUAAAAGCUGUAAUCAGUUAACCUCUGCUUGGGGCUGCUAUAGCCAAUAGUAUAAUGUGACAGAUAAUUAGCUAAAUAGAGAUAAUUUUUCCAAACGAUGUUUAAUUUGCAGUAUUUUCCCCCAUAACUUUAACAAAUAGACAUUUUCCAAGUAAAGUGCACUUUAUUUGGGUCCAUGUUGCUAGACCUCCAUCAAGUCCAGAGAGCGCCUUCCUGGUUCCUUCAGUUAUCAUUGCCUUCCUAGCAUAGUAGCAAAAUGAAUUUCACCUGCAAAUGGUGUUUUCAAAGUAAUGAUUUUUCUAAAUAGAGUACAGUUAUCUGCCAGAGAUGUAAAAGAGUGACCAUAUAAUUACCAUUUCACUCUGUGAUAUGUCUAAAACAUAUGGAUACCAAUAGCAUGCUGUUACUCUGGAGGAGGUAAUAGGUUAAGAGGACAGUUGAGUGUUUUCCUCAAGCUGUGAGUGAAUAGAGAGAGAGAUAGGAGAUGCUAUUCAACUCACAGUCCCACGUAUUAGUCCUCUGUGUAAAAUGCACAUUUAUUAUCUUCUUGACACAGACUGAAAGAGAUAUCAGAGUAAUUUAUCAUGGUUAUAAAAUGUUUCUAAGAUUGUGAAGUGUACCACUGGCACAGCCUGUCCCUACCUAUUACCUGAAAACCCAGUUCUAAGAAAUGAUCCAUGGUUAUUAUCUGCUAGGAGGGCGAGCAAAAGUUGACUAUGACAUCUUUAUUUCAUUGGAGACAUUACAUUUCUAUGAGACUUAUGUAUAGCCAUAGAUAUUUUCAAGCUAUAGGAAGAAAAAGAAAUUAAAAAACAAUUCUGAAAGAUAGUUUUAAGUAAAUGUUUUAUAUUUUGAACUGUUUGUGCCAUGCAUAUAGCAUUGACUAUAUACAGGUAAAAUAUUCUACUUUUUCAUAAAGAAAAGUUUUUUUCUCUUUUAUAA